AUGACUGACGCUGGUUUUUUUAAAGGUACAUCUGCAGAUCAAGAUAGUCGUUUUACAAAUAAACAGAAAAAACUUCUAAAACAAAUGAGAUUUCCUGAUAAUUGUGAUAUUAAAGUUGAUAUGGUUAAAGUUAACUUGGAUGUAAUUAAACCAUGGAUUACAAAAAGAUUACAAGAAUUAUUGGGUAUUGAAGAUGAUGUUGUGAUAGAGUUUGUUUUCAAUCAACUUGAAGAAAAAAAUCCUGAUCCAAAAAUGAUGCAGAUAAAUUUAACCGGUUUCCUUGGUGGAAGUAAAGCUCGUAUGUUUAUUGGAGAAUUGUGGCAAACUUUAGCCAGUGCACAGAUUUCGCCAGAUGGAAUUCCAGCUGAACUUGUUGAGUUAAAAAAAUUAGAAUUACAAAAACGGAGAGAAGAUGAAGAGAAGUUAAGAGAUGCACGCCGUCGAGAAGAAGAAUCGCUCCCAAACCGUGAUCGUGAUGUGAAGCAAGACCCAGACAAAUCUGAUAUGAAAAUGAAUGGCAGAACGGCAGAUAAAGAAGAAACAAAAGACAAAGGGUUGAAGACAAAACAACGAAAUGAGAUGGGUGGUCCAACCUCUACAUGGAAGGCAAGAAAUGAUAAUAGAUCAUCGAAUUGGGACACAAAAAGACGUUAUUCUCCGGCUCGUGAUCGAAUGCGACGUGAAGACUGGGGUGAUAGACCACGAGAUUACGAUAAUAAAACGCGUGGAAAUAAUAAUAACAAUCGUCGAUCAUCACCAGAACCAAAAGAUAGUCGACGUCGUUUUCAAGAAGGGAGCAUGUCACCGCCAUCCAAGCGAAAACGAAAAGACGCGAGAAUAGUAUCCCAGAUCAAUCGUCAAUCAUCUGAUAGUGAAACAGAUACACGGAAGAAGAAAUCAAGUGACAACAAAAUCAAAUCAAAGGAGGUGACAUCACCUAGGUCAGAUGUAAGUAGAAAUAAACAAAAGAAAAUUGAUGAUGAUAACUAUGAUAAAAAUUCGAAAAAUCGUUUACCAUCAUCUGAGUCUCAUAAUGAAGAUAAUGAAACGAAAAUACAAUCAAAAACAAAAGAAAAAGAACAAGAAUCUUACCAUCAAUCAAGUCCAUCAUCAGCCAUAAACAAGGCUAAACAACGAGCGCCAUCAAGUUCGAGUACGGCAUCUUCUAUCGAUGAUAAAAAUCGGCAAAAAAAGUAUAACUUAGAUAAAGAAACAAAAUUAAAGACAAAGAAGAGUGAAGCAUCACCAUCAACGAGUCGAAGCCGUAGCCCAUCCAAAGAUCGUUCUACAAAAAAGACAAACAAUUCGAAACAGACAGAAAUACAAAAUCAAAUUGAUAGUAAAGGAAAGUCAUCAAGACAAAAGAGUGCGUCAUUGGAUAAGGAUGUAUCAAAUGGACCAAUUAAAAAAUCAACUAAUACCGAAGAAAAAUCUCACAUGAGUAGACAGCGCGAUGACACUGAAAAACGUUUAUCGAGAAAAAAGGUACACGACAGUAGUGAUCGUUCAAGUAGUGAGGACGGUGAGUCAAAUGUACCACCAUUGAAACGAAUUCUUGAACAAGAACGCCGUCAGGAACAACAACAGCAACGGUAUCAGUCUAAUACUAAUCAACGUUUACAACGAAAUCAACAACGACGUGAUAUAUCUCAUUCUCCACCACGUUCCAUAUCAACUAAAGAAUCAUCACGUAAGAAAGAACAAGAAUCAAAACCUACAUCCUCUCAAUCAAAAGAUAAUUCUUCAUCUAAACGAAAAGAGAAAGAUACGGUUCCGUCUGAUACUGAACGAAAACAGCAAAAAAUUGAUAUAAAAAAUAAAGAACAACCGGAAAAACAAUCGAAAAAAAAAGAUGAUAUCGAAAAUUUGAAUAAGAAGAAAAGAUCAGUGUCGGAGAAGAACACCGUUAGAUCGUCCAAAGAACAACUAUCAUUGCCAAAGAAACAUAAAGACCAGCAUCAUAGUAAAAAACCCCGAAAACAAUCGAAAAAGAAAAAAACAAAAAAACGUCGGGGACGUUCAUCGUCUGCACAAUCGUCAUAUAGCUCAAGCAAUAACUCUAAUAGUGGUUCAUCGUCUCGUUCAACAUCGUCCGAUUCAUCUUCUUCCGUAUCUCCAAAAUCCAAAUCUAAACAUCGUCAUUAUAGCGGCGAAAAAGCGUCUAAAUCUCAGAAACGAAAACGUGUCACGUCCAAUCGAUCAUCUUCAGCAUCGACCAGAUCGUCUCGUUCACGUUCACGCUCAAAAGAAAAGAAGAAUACAACGAAAAGUACAGAAAAAAAAGACAAUCAUUUAAAUAGUGUUAUUUCAUCUAACAAAGUUAAAACAUCAUCGAAGAAACCGGUCGUAAAAUCAGUAAGUCAACAUCAUCGACCAGAGACUUCGAACAAAGAAAACAAACUAAAAGAAACAGAUCAUCAACAAUUGCAACGACAUCGAAGAAACGACAAUCAUCGCCAUCAUCAACAUCCUGUUCAAGAUAAAUCAAUUGAUCAAGAUGAAUCACGUAAGAAAAAAGACAAGAAAAAGACAAAAAAAAGUCGUAAGAAACAUAAAAAUACAAAUGAUGAAAACGAUGAACAACACAAACGACAACAUAAAAAGAAAUCAAAUGUUUCUCAGGAAGAGAAACAAACACAAGAUGUAAACAAAGAAGAAUAUAUUGAAAAAACCAUAAUGCAACCACCACUCUCUUCAAAUGAAGAAGAAGAAGAAUCCUACGAAGAAUUGACAAAUCCUGUUGUUGAGGGUGAAUCAGAAUCACCAAUGAAACCUAUUCGUACAGAACGUAUUGUUGUACUUGAAAACACUCUGAAUGAGAAUGAUAAAAAUCAAACAAAACGUAAUUCAUCAUCAGAAUCGAUGAAUGAAAAUUCGUUACAUACAAAAAAUGAUGAUGUUGUUCAAGAUAAACUAUCAUUAAAUGGCAGUAAUACAUUGAAAUUGUACAGUGAUCAUAGUGAUGAUGAAACUGAAAUAGAUUUGAGAGAACGAUUAUUACGUGAGAAAGCACUAAAAUCUAUGCGAAAUAAAAAAUUAGAAAAAGAUAAUGAAUCACAUAGUAGUAAGAGGAAUUCCAGUGGUGGUGUACAUGAACGUUUUGUUUAUCAGAGGAAUCUGAGUGAAUGA